AUGGAAGUCAUCAGCUUAUACUGGAUGGACAUUGGCGUUGACUGUUGGGAACUCAACCCUCAGGACCUGAGUUGGCUGGACGAGUUUGAUGAAGUUCCCUUUUCCGACCUGCCUGAACUGUUCGACACGGGCAAAGCCAUCGCUACCAAGCCUGCUCCUCCAAGUCUUCCUCGCCGAGUGAUGGUGGAGCAGCGGCCUGAAGUCGAGGACUGGAACAUCGAGGCGCCUGUCGGACGUAAUCGAAGCCGCUACACCCUCUCCGGCGUCUCGAACCCAAGUAAAAGUCAACACUUCAUCAUCGAUCCGGCUUUCCUCGAUCGGUGUGCAUCAAGGCUUGAACAACAUGAUUCGCGCUAUGCCCAAUCACCUGCGACCCACCCCACCCACGAGUUCGGUGGCCCCAGCAUCGGCUGUUUCGCCGGUGGUCUCGUCAAGUGA